GAAGAUGGAGGUAGUCUUGAACAAGACUUUGUUAUUCCCAUCAUUAGAAUGGGUGGACUAGGCAAGACAACUCUUGCUCGGCUCAUUUAUAAUGACGAAAAAUUGGAAGGCAGGUUUGACUUGAAGGCAUGGCUUUGUGUUUCUGAGGUGUUUGAUGUUGCUUGAAUAACAAGAACCAUUUUAGAAUAGGUAACUAGGGAAAAGUGUGAUCUUAAUUAUUUCGAUUCACUUCAAAAGAAAUUGAAAGAGGAGUUAUUUGGACAAAAUUUCUUCUUGUAUUGAAUGAUGUUUGGACUAAGGAAUAUGGCAACUGGGAUAAAUUGAAGAGACCUUUCAUGUUAGGAGCUUCUAGAAGUAAAAUAAUUGUCACAACUUGAAAUAUGGAUGCUGGGAUGAUGAUGAGAGGAGAUAAUGGAGUUUACAAUUUAGAAUUGCUACAAGUUGAUGCUUGUUUGCCAUUAUUUACACGACAUGCACUGGGGAAAGAGGACUUUGCUGUAUACCUAGACUUAUAAGAUAUUGGUGAGAAGCUUGUUGAGAGGUGCAAAAGAUUGCCAUUGGCACUAAAAUCACUCGAUGGCGUCUUGCGGGGAAAGCAGGGUCAUGAUGAGUGGGAAAAUAUAUAUAUAACAAUAAUAUAUGGAGUUCUUCAGAAGAUGGAAGUGAAAUUCUUCCUGUUCUAAGAUUGAGCUAUAAUCAUUUUCCUUCUCACUUAAAGCCAUGCUUUGCUUAUUGUGCUUUGUUCCCUAAAGACUAUGAAUUUGACAAAAUGGAGUUGGUCCGAUUAUCAAUGGUUAAGGACCUAUUACAACAACAGUCACAUGAAAAGAAGUAAAUGGAAGAGGACACUGGUCCGAUAUUUCUAGGAGUUGUUAUUAAGAUCACUCUUUCAACCAUCAAGUAGAGUUGAAUCGUGGUUUGUGAUGCAUGACCUCAUAAAUGAUUUACCUGUAGAUGUUGUUGGAGAAUACAUUGCAAUCUUGAACGUAGCAUGAAUGAUAGAAAAUUAGAGAAGGCAAGUCGUUUGUCAUUCACUUCACACUUUUUUGAAUUCCCAAAAAGAUUCAUAGUCUUGAAUAAAUUGAAACAUUUGAG